AUGCAUCUUGCCCGGCAGAGGGACACGGCCGAUAGCACAGAGCCGUCGAACGAUGAGCGAUGCCAUGUCUUCGACGAGCUCCAAUACAAGCACAUCAAGGACCAAGACUUCCCUCUGCCCACUCCAGAAAAUUGCCACAUCACCGAGCAGAUCCAGGACAUGGGCAGGGCCUUCAUCACCGCACACGUCGCCGUCAGGAUGAGCCUGGGGAGCUGCCCGUCGCCCGUCUGCUUCACCGGCAUCUUCGCCGCCGUCGAGCGCCGGAAGAGGGCGGAGGAACGAGGCCGGCUCGACCUGUACCUCGCCGAGCGCGAGAGGAUCCGGAGGCUAAAGGACGACCGAUGGGUGCACGAGCACUGUGCCAAGGUGGCGGUGGCGUCGGACAGGUCGCCCCUCACCAGUCUCCUGACAAGGGCCCUCUCGGAGCAGACGGCCUGCGGCGACGGCGACGACCAGGGAGAAGAUGACGAAGAAGAUCGUCUGUCUGCGGGCACGAUGAGCCACGAGGCUCACGUGAUCAGCCAGCGACGGCGAGACCGAGGAAGCCCUGAUGGCGGCCCCGAGCCUCCCGCCUCACUGCUCCAGGGAGACGGGCCGGGAGACGGGCCGGAAGACGAGACGGGCGGGGAGGAAGACCUCGGCAAUGCCCCGGGCCUCGCCUGCGAUGUGCUCUCCGGCCACUAUCUCGUCCCCGACCCUGCCUCCGACCCGGUUCUCCGCUCCCGUCUCCCCGGCCUACGGACGGGCAAGGCUCAGAGGGCAGGCUGGGAGGUGGACGAGUACUUCCUGCCCAAGGGCCUGCCGAUCUGCAAGGCUGGGGAUAUCAAGGCCGCCAUAGACGCCUACAUCACGAGCCGAGGCACGCCGGUCUGGAAGGCCGAGGGGAACCCGGAGGAUGCCAACCUGAGCCUCUUCUGGUCCUCCGGUCUACCCCUCCCCCGGGCCGAGGCGAGAGCGAGGGGCAGAGCCUUCCUGACGGAGAUGUGGCCGGGAAGCGAGAGCUGGAGGAGGAGGCGGGAAGCCCUGGCCGGUGCCGUGGCCGCGGGCCCCGUCGCCCUCCCCGGCAUGCCUCCCGCCGAGACCCAGCCCGAGGUGGGAAACGACGGCGCCGACGCCGACGUGCUUGCCAGAGGCACCGCCUGCAGACGGUGCCCAGUCGCGGUCUACGAGCCAUGA